CUCGAAACUCAUAUUAGAGAAUACUUUCUAUUGGUCAGUUAAGAUGUUUUGAAUCCAUGCUAUGCUCUAUGAGACCCAGAGAGGGUAGGUAGUUUGGGACUCAAUGAAGGUCUCUACCAGCGCAUGUUUCAAUGCUCGCAUGAAAUAUGGACACUCGUAAAGUAGAUAUACAUGAUGGGGAUUCGUUUAGCUAUGGUUAACUUUAUAGCAUCUAGGAGCAUCAAGUGGAGUAUCAAAUUAUGCUGCCUUGAAGGACAAUACGAAUGUAACCGGAGACGGAGACAACUUUAAACUCCGGUCCCGCCCCACUUGACGAUAUCUUAAAUCAGAGAGCAGAACACUUUUCUUUUUUUCCAUCAUUGGAAACGGCAGUCUUUAUGAGUUCCGUGCCCGCGUCUUGAAACGGAGUCCGUCUUUCAGUGAGGUUGCUCACUGUGUGGAUGGUGAUGGAUGCGUUGAAAUCUAAGCCUCUUAGCAGCAGCUCGCAUGGUUCGGGACCUCGCGGACCACGGGCUUGCCGCAUAUGCGCCGUUGCUAAAGCUAGGUGUGUCCCGUCGGCAGUAGAUGGGACAAAGUGUGAAAGAUGUCAUCGUCUAAAAAAAGAAUGCGUUAUGCAGACUCCGUCCGCAACUCGCAGACGGAAGGCACCAAGAACGAGGGUUGCUCAAUUGGAGCAAAAGUUAGAUAACAUAGUCACUCUUCUCACAUCGAACAGGACUACCCCGGCAGAUGAAGAACAAGUGCAGGACCGGGCCGAUCCCUCAUACACAGGUAUACCUGCAGCCGCUUCAUCAAACACUCAAUCUGGCUCCACAUCAUCCAUACCGGAUGCUACCGCAGCAUGCUUGCAGCCUGCUUCUCUUUCUAGGUCCCCAGAUCCAGGACCACCCCACCAGUUCUAUGGAUCCGCGCCGUUACCACCCCCACCCGUUGAGUUGAAUGAAGAGACGUGCCUCAACCUUUUCAGGAUGCGUAUGGCAGAACAUUUUCCGUUCGUUAUGAUCGAUAGUAAGGUGUCUGUACAUGAACUACGUCGGGACAAGCCCUUUCUGCUCAAAGCAAUCGUUGUCACAGCAUCCUUCAGUCAAAUGGAGAGGCAAAUGAACUUGGGGAAAGAGUUCGUACAAGAGUUGAGCCAGCGCAUGCUAGUCGAAGGUGAAAAGUCUCUAGACCUUCUACAAGGACUUCUUGUCUAUAUGGGGUGGUUCCAGUAUCUGUUUUCUUCCAUACGACAAAUAACGAAUCUGCUACAACUUGCAGUAGCCCUCGUGGUGGACCUUGGCUUGAACAAAGGGCAAUCAAAACCUAAUGUUCAGUGCCGGUUCCAGAAAGUUUCAGAUGCCAUGGGGGAUGUCUCUGGGCUUGGAUCUAGCGGAGGAUCUGGCACUCUUGAAGAGAGAAGAGCUUUUUUGGGUUGCUUCUACCUAACCGCUGUAGUCUCAUCAGUGUUCAGGCGGAUGGAUCCACUUCGAUAUACGCCUUAUGUAGAAGAAUGCUGCCAAAUACUGCUUUCUAGCAAAAGAUACCCUACGGAUACCUACUUGGUCGAACUCGUGCGCCUCCAGAAGAUUGCGAACACUAUCAAACGAAGUAUCCCCAUAGACGAUAUCGAGCCGGGCAAAAUGAGGGCUCCGGUCGGGAUGCACAUGAAAGCUAUAGAAAAGGAUCUGCAUGUUCUGCGCGAGAGCUGGAACAAGCUUGUCAAAGGGAACUGUAUAUUAAACAUACACUACCACGAUACAGAAAUGUCUUUGUACGAGAUAGUAUUUUAUGACAUCCCUCCUCAGACUUCCUACGGAUCCUACUCGUUUGAGCGAUUGAAUACACUUUACGCCUGUCUUGAAUCGUCACUCGCGUUGAUAGAACAGUUCCUCUCGAUCCCACCCGCAAUCUAUGUCUACGUGCCAAUUGUGAUAUGGCUCCAUAUAGCCCGCGCUAUCAUAUUCACUCGACGACUGUGUUUCCUCGAAAACAGCGAGUGGGAUCUAAAUUACGUUCGAAGCAGAGUCAACCUGCCAACAAUCCUGGACAGGAUGAUUCAGAAAUCGGAGCUGGCCAGAUCUUCUAUGCUUCAGCCCGAACUUGGAGAGCAUAGGGACUUGCUACUCGUCAGCAUUUCGAAGCUGCGAAUGGUCAAGGAGGGGUAUCUGCGAGCGAUAGCUUCCGAACAGGAAACAGUUGGAUCGUUGGGACACAAUAUAUCAUCUAGUAGCGUUCCUGCUGGCUAUUAUGACUUUGAUAUGAGCGAGGGUUUCCUCGGCAUUUAUGACAGCUUCUGGCAAGGAUUUCCAGAAGGGUGGAACAUUUAAAGGAAACAUAUAUCACAAGUCUUGCCUUGAG